GCUGCCCUCCUUACUGGGGAGUUGGCCACAGCGCGAAGCGGCUUCAUGGUGUCCUGCUGACAGGAGUCCAACCAGCUGACUGCUCUGCUGUCUGUUAAACAGCGAUGAAAGCCCCGCUGGUUCUGACAACUUAAGAACUGUUCCGAAUUUAAAGUGACGGACUGAGAGGACCGGAAGAGAGCGGAAGGCACCGGAAGUCGGAGCGAUCUGAGGAUGGCAGGAGUGUUUGACAUCGACCUGGAGACGGAGGACGGCAGCGACACAGAGGAGGACGCGUGUGAGGCGACGGUUGUUGAACCUGACAGCGGUCAGACGGAGGAGGUGGAGCUGACCAGUGAAAACGUCAACAGAGACAGCGAGAGAGUUGGACCGGACUGCUUCGAGCUCCUCACCGUUCUGGGCAAAGGGGCCUACGGCAAGGUUUUCCAAGUGAGGAAGGUUCAGGGUCCCCAAACAGGAAAGAUAUUCGCCAUGAAGGUCCUGAAGAAGGCUAAGAUCGUCCGUAACGCCAAAGACACGGCUCACACCCGAGCCGAGCGCGAGAUCCUGGAGAAGGUCAGACACCCGUUCAUCGUGGACCUGCUGUACGCCUUCCAGACGGGAGGAAAGCUCUACCUCAUCCUGGAGUGUCUGAGCGGAGGAGAACUGUUCAUGCAGCUGGAGAAGGAGGGAAUCUUCAUGGAGGACACGGCCUGGUGAGAUCUCUGUCUGCGUUGAGGUCAGAGAG